AUGGCGUCAAAGAGAAAGGCUUCGGCCAUGGCCGCCACCGUUUCUGAGGAACCGGUCGACCCUGCCGACGAGCUGAUGUUUCUCUGCCUUGGAGGUGGCAACGAAGUCGGCAGGUCAUGUCACAUUAUCCAAUACAAGGGCAAGACAGUGAUGCUUGAUGCUGGCCAGCACCCAGCAUACGAUGGCCUUGCAGCGCUGCCUUUCUUCGACGACUUCGAUCUAAGUACGGUUGAUGUACUUCUAAUCAGCCAUUUCCACGUCGAUCAUGCGGCUUCAUUGCCAUACGUCUUAUCAAAGACUAACUUCAGAGGCCGGGUCUUCAUGACCCAUCCAACAAAGGCCAUCUAUAAGUGGCUCAUUCAAGACAGUGUCCGUGUUGGAAAUACCUCGUCCAACCCGACGUCACAGCCAGUCUACACGGAGGCAGACCAUCUUAACACUUUCCCUCAAAUCGAGGCCAUUGAUUACCACACCACACACACCAUUUCGUCCAUCCGCAUUACGCCCUAUCCUGCUGGCCAUGUCCUCGGAGCUGCCAUGUUCCUCAUCGAGAUUGCGGGUCUCAAAAUCUUCUUUACCGGAGACUACUCACGAGAGCAAGAUAGACAUUUGGUCUCAGCAGAAGUUCCCAAGGGCGUCAAGAUCGAUGUCCUGAUCACGGAGUCGACCUAUGGCAUUGCCUCCCACGUACCCCGCCUGGAGCGCGAGCAGGCCUUGAUGAAGUCCAUUACCAGCAUCCUUAAUCGCGGAGGUAGGGUCCUGAUGCCAGUCUUUGCGCUCGGCAGAGCCCAGGAGCUUCUGCUCAUCCUGGAUGAGUACUGGGGCAAGCAUGCAGACUUCCAGCGGUUCCCAAUCUACUACGCCAGCAAUCUCGCCAGAAAGUGUAUGGUUGUUUAUCAGACCUACGUCGGCGCCAUGAACGACAACAUCAAGCGCCUCUUCCGCGAGCGCAUGGCCGAGGCCGAAGCAUCCGGUGACGGAUCCGGCAAGGGCGGGCCCUGGGACUUCAAGUACAUCCGCUCCCUCAAAAACCUCGACCGCUUCGACGACGUCGGAGGCUGUGUCAUGCUGGCCAGUCCUGGUAUGCUACAGAAUGGUGUGAGUAGAGAACUUCUCGAGAGGUGGGCCCCCAACGACAAGAACGGCGUUAUCAUCACCGGUUACAGCGUCGAGGGCACCAUGGCCAAGCAAAUCAUGCAGGAGCCCGACCAGAUCCAGGCCGUCAUGAGCCGGACAACAGCUGGUGCCCGACGCGGACCCGGCGGGGAGAGCGAAAAGGUCUUCAUCCCCCGUCGGUGCAGCGUUGCCGAGUACUCCUUUGCAGCUCACGUUGAUGGCACGGAGAACCGUGAGUUCAUCGAGGAAGUCGCAGCCCCAGUGGUGAUUCUCGUCCACGGCGAACAGCAUAACAUGAUGCGCCUCAAAUCCAAGCUCCUCUCCCUCAACGCAAGCAAGACGGCAAAAGUUAAGGUCUUUAGUCCCAAAAACUGCGAAGAGCUCCGCAUCCCCUUCAAGCAGGACAAGACGGCCAAAGUCGUCGGCAAGCUCGCCACCAUCCCUCCCCCGACAUCCCUCUCCGACCCCACCUCCCUGCCGCAACAGCUCGUCACCGGCGUCCUCGUCCAAAACGACUUUAAGCUCUCCCUCAUGGCGCCCGAGGACCUGCGCGAGUACGCCGGCCUCAACACCACCACAAUCACCUGCAAGCAGCGCCUCCGCCUCACGGCUGCCGGCGUUGACCUUGUACGCUGGGGUCUCGAAGGCGUCUUUGGCAGCGUCGAGGAGCUCCCCGAGAUGCGCAAGGGUCACCCGGCUCACGACAAGGCCGUUGACGGUGCUGCAGUCGCCAACGGCAACGGCAACGGCGCCGAGAAAAGCGAAGGCGAUGAUGUUGACCAGGAGAUGGGCGAGGAGGCGGCCGACGAGGAAGUCGCCCGCCUCGUGGCCGCGUACCUGGUCAUGGGCUGCGUCGCCGUGCGGUACCGCAGCGACGGAGAGGUCGAGCUCGAGUGGGAGGGCAACAUGCUCAACGACGGUAUUGCCGACGCCGUCAUGGCGUGUCUGUUCUCCAUCGAGAGCAGUCCCGCAGCAGUAAAACGCUCCGCAGCUUCCCACAGCCACGACCACGACCACGCCCCCAAACCCCUCCCCAAAAACCCCCACGCAAACGUCCCAGCGACAGAACGCCUCGAGCGCUUCCUCAUGUUCCUCGAAGCCCAGUUCGGCGCCGACAACGUCAACCCAGUCGCCGAACCCCGUCUCCCGCCGCAGCCCGAGGACGAAGCAGCAGCGGUUACAACAAAGGCAAUCAAGUCCGACGACGCCAGCGACGCGUCCAUGGACGUGUCCGAGGACGACGCGGAGGCGGAGCAAGAGAAGAAGCUGGAGGCGCGGCGCCGCGCAGAGAUUGAGCGCCUCAUAAAGCUCGGCAUCCCCGUGCCGGGCAUUCGUAUCAAGGUCGACAAGAUGGAGGCUGUCGUCUGGUUGGAGGAUCUGGAGGUGGAGUGCAGUCACAAGGCUUUUGCCGACCGUGUGAGACGUGUCUGCGAGCACGCUGCCGAGGUCACGGCCCCGCUUUGGGGUUAA